UCUGGCGAGCGGCGACGAGAAACGGUUGUCCCGGUGGGCCCGGAGAGGCGAAAACGCUCGCUCGGGGGUGAUGCGCCGGUGGUACAGUGGUGGUUGACCGAGGGAGAGAGCAGGAGUGGGCGCGAGCCAGUGGAGUGCGGAGCAGCGGGCGGGGGUGGCCGAGGUGUUGACACGGUGUUUGAGUGGUGACGCUGCAAGGGAGCAGGGUGUUGCCACGGGGAUCGCAGGCGGAGCGGAGGCAGAGAACGCAUGUAGGAACAUGGCCGCAUCCAGCCCCUGCCUCCCUCUAGAGGUUGGCAGCGCAAGAGGCGGCACAGAGGGGCCCUGGAUACGAGAGUCAGUACCGGAGAAGGCAGAGGUUGGCCGGACCGAGUGGUCUCGGUGACUGGGCUAGCUUUGGAAAGGAGGCACCUGGUCUGGUGGUCAUGGCGCCAGGCCGGGACCAGGGCGGAGGGGCCGGCGGGGGAGGGAGCAACAAAGGUCCUUCCUCGCUCUUCAUCCUGAGCGAAGACAACUGCAUACGUAAGCACACCCGGUUCAUCAUCGAAUGGCCGCCCUUCGAGUACGCCGUCCUGCUGACCAUCAUCGCGAACUGUGUGGUCCUCGCCCUCGAGGAGCACCUGCCCAAGCACGACAAGACCAUCCUCGCCCAGAAGCUCGAGCACACCGAGGUCUACUUCCUCGGGAUCUUCUGCGUCGAGGCCAGUCUUAAGAUCCUGGCGCUGGGCUUUAUCCUCCACCGUGGCUCGUACCUUCGCAACAUUUGGAACAUCAUGGAUUUCUUCGUCGUGGUGACUGGGUUCAUCACGAUGUUCACGCAAGGCAUUAACCUGGAUAUGGACCUACGCACGUUGCGCGCGAUACGCGUGUUACGACCGCUCAAACUUGUCUCCGGCAUACCGAGUCUUCAGGUGGUGCUCAAGUCCAUCAUCAAGGCAAUGGCACCUUUGCUGCAGAUUGGACUGCUGGUACUCUUCGCCAUUGUGAUAUUCGCCAUCAUCGGCCUCGAGUUCUAUUCGGGAAUUUUGCACAAGACUUGCUACAGCAUCGAAGACCUCAAUCAAAUAGUGAAGGAGGGUGAAUUUCCGUCUCCUUGCAAUACGGAUAACUUGACCGAGGCACCUUUAGGAGCCCACGUAUGCGACCCCAGCGUCUCAGCGUGUAUGGAUCGCUGGGAGGGACCAAACAGCGGCAUCACCAGCUUCGACAACAUCGGUUUCGCCAUGCUCACCGUCUUCCAGUGCAUUACUAUGGAGGGUUGGACUGCCAUAUUGUACUGGACGAACGAUGCUCUGGGCAGCACAUUCAACUGGGUUUACUUUAUACCGUUGAUUGUCCUCGGGUCUUUCUUCAUGCUGAACUUAGUUCUCGGUGUCCUGAGCGGAGAGUUUGCGAAGGAGCGAGAGAAGGUGGAGAACCGGCAAUCCUUCCUGAAGCUAAGGAGGGCCCAGCAGCUGGAACGAGAACUGAAUGGUUACGUCGAGUGGAUAUGCAAAGCAGAGGAGGUCAUCCUUGCCGAGGAGAGGACCACCGAGGAGGAGAAGAUGCACAUAAUCGAAGCGAGAAGAAGGGCGGCGGCCAAACGGAAAAAGCUGAAAAACCUCGGAAAGAGCAAAAGCACCGACACCGAGGAAGAGGAAGGCGAAGACGACCCUGACGAUGGGUUCUCUCGAGCUUCCUACCUCAAGUCCAAGGUGAAGAAUAAAGGAGCCUGUCUGCAAUUCUGGCGGGCUGAGAAGAGAUUCAGAUUUUGGGUGCGACACACAGUGAAAGCUCAGUGGUUCUACUGGUUCGUCAUCGUACUGGUCUUCUUCAACACCAUCUGCGUGGCUGUCGAGCAUUACAAGCAGCCGUCAUGGCUCACCGAGUUUCUCUAUUACGCCGAAUUCGUGUUCCUGGGACUCUUCAUGAUGGAGAUGUUCAUCAAGAUGUACGCGCUGGGCCCUCGAAUCUACUUCGAGUCGAGCUUCAACAGGUUCGACUGCGUGGUGAUCUCGGGCUCGAUCUUCGAGGUGAUCUGGUCAGCCCUGAAAUCCGGCUCCUUCGGCCUCUCCGUCCUGCGCGCCCUGCGACUCCUCAGGAUCUUCAAAGUGACCAAAUACUGGGCCAGCCUGAGGAACCUCGUCAUCUCUCUGCUCAACUCCAUGCGCAGCAUCAUCUCCCUACUCUUCCUGCUCUUCCUCUUCAUCCUCAUAUUCGCCCUCCUUGGUAUGCAGCUCUUCGGCGGCCAGUUCAACUUCCCCAGCGGCACACCGCCCACGAACUUCAACACCUUUCCUAUCGCGCUGCUCACUGUCUUCCAAAUUCUGACUGGUGAAGACUGGAACGAGGUCAUGUACCAGGGCAUCGAGUCUCAGGGUGGCCACAAGAAGGGCAUGAUCUACUCGCUUUACUUCAUUAUCCUGGUACUCUUCGGCAACUACACUCUACUUAACGUCUUCUUGGCUAUCGCCGUCGACAAUCUGGCCAACGCUCAGGAACUGACUGCCGCCGAAGAGGAACAGGUAGAGGAGGACAAAGAGAAGCAGAUGCAGGAGCUGGAGAAAGAAAUGGAGGCCCUGCAGAUGCCAACCGAUGGGAGUCCUCCGAAGGUGGAGAUUUGCCCUCCUAGUCCGACUAGGAACUUCAAAGGUGGAAAGGGCGGUAAGCAGGCGUCCGAAGAAAAGAAGCAGGAUGACGACGAAGACACGGGACCAAAACCAAUGCUGCCAUACUCCUCCAUGUUUAUACUGUCCCCCACAAACCCUGUAAGAAGAGGUGCUCAUUGGGUCGUAAACCUGAGGUACUUCGACUUCUUCAUCAUGGUCGUCAUCUCCCUUUCGAGUAUCGCCCUGGCGGCCGAGGACCCUGUGGACGAGCACUCGAUGAGGAAUGAGGUUCUGAAUUACUUCGAUUAUGCGUUCACUGGGGUGUUCACCGUCGAGAUGAUCCUGAAGAUCAUCGAUCUGGGGAUCAUCCUUCAUCCGGGCUCGUACCUCCGCGAGUUCUGGAACAUUAUGGACGCCGUUGUGGUGAUAUGCGCCGCGGUCUCUUUCGCCUUCGACAUGACCGGAAGUUCCGCGGGGCAAAACCUCUCGACUAUCAAGUCGUUGCGAGUGCUGCGAGUGCUCAGACCCUUGAAGACGAUCAAACGAGUGCCCAAGCUCAAGGCGGUGUUCGACUGCGUCGUGAACAGUCUGAAAAACGUUAUUAACAUUCUGAUAGUGUACAUAUUGUUCCAAUUUAUCUUCGCUGUGAUAGCGGUGCAGCUCUUCAAUGGCAAGUUCUUCUUCUGUAGCGACGACAGCAAGUACACGGAGGAAGAGUGCCACGGCCAGUACUUCGUAUUCGAAGAUGGUAACUUACUGCCAUCCUCGAGGAAGCGAGAGUGGCAACCGCAGAGCUUUCACUACGACAAUGUCAUGGCGGCGAUGCUGACGUUGUUCGCGGUCCAGACCGGCGAGGGCUGGCCCCAAAUCCUCCAGAACUCGAUGGCGGCGACCUACGAGGACAAGGGUCCUAUUCAGAACUUUCGCAUCGAGAUGUCCAUAUUCUACAUAGUCUACUUCAUCGUCUUUCCUUUCUUCUUCGUCAACAUCUUCGUGGCCUUGAUCAUCAUCACCUUCCAGGAGCAGGGAGAGGCUGAGCUGCAGGACGGCGAGAUCGACAAGAACCAGAAAUCUUGUAUAGACUUCACGAUACAGGCUCGUCCUCUCGAGAGGUACAUGCCCAACAAGCGAAACAGCGUCAAGUACAAGAUCUGGAGGAUAGUCGUGUCGACGCCCUUCGAGUACUUCAUCAUGAUCCUCAUCGUGCUUAAUACUUUAUUGCUGAUGAUGAAGUACCACCGGCAGGGAGAUCUCUACCAGAAAACACUGAAGUACAUGAACAUAUGCUUCACCGGGAUGUUCACCAUCGAGUGCAUUCUGAAGAUCGUCGCUUUCGGCUUCAGGAACUUCUUCAAGGAUCCCUGGAACACCUUUGACUUCAUCACGGUCAUCGGUAGCAUCGUGGACGCCCUUGUGGUGGAAUUCGGGGAGAACUUCAUCAACGUCGGCUUCCUCAGGCUCUUUCGAGCUGCCAGACUCAUCAAGCUGCUCAGACAGGGCUACACAAUACGAAUUUUACUGUGGACUUUCGUACAGUCCUUUAAGGCCCUUCCUUACGUCUGUUUGCUCAUCGCGAUGCUUUUUUUCAUCUACGCCAUCAUCGGAAUGCAGGUAUUCGGUAACAUCGCAUUGGAGGCCGAGAGUGCCAUAAACGAGCACAACAAUUUCCAGAGCUUUAUCCAAGGUCUGAUGUUGCUUUUUCGGUGUGCCACGGGUGAAGCGUGGCCGAACAUCAUGUUGUCCUGCAUAAAAGGUCGGCCUUGCGACCUGAAGGUGCAGAAAGUCGAAACCGAAGGUUGCGGGUCGAACCUCGCAUACGCGUACUUCGUCUCGUUCAUCUUCUUCUGCUCGUUCCUGAUGCUGAAUCUCUUCGUGGCCGUCAUCAUGGACAACUUCGACUACCUAACCCGGGACUCGUCGAUCCUGGGGGCGCAUCACCUGGACGAAUUUGUCAGGAUUUGGGCGGAGUAUGACCCCAACGCCACCGGGAAGAUCCACUACACCGAGAUGUACGACAUGCUGAAGAACAUGGACCCGCCGUUGGGGUUUGGCAACAAGUGUCCGAACAGGUUGGCCUACAAGAAGCUCAUCAGGAUGAACAUGCCCGUCGACGUCGACGGGAAGGUCAACUUCACCACCACGCUGUUCGCCUUGAUCCGGGAGAACCUCAGCAUAAAGAUGAGAACCGCUAAAGAGAUGGACCAAGCCGAUGAGGAGCUGAGAGACACGGUCAGAAAUAUUUGGCCCCUCCAGGCCAAGAAGAUGCUGGAUCUUUUGAUACCUAGGAGCGAAGAAUUAAAUAAGAAUAAGCUGACCGUUGGUAAGAUUUACGCUGGUCUGCUGAUCCUCGAAAGUUGGAGGACCACGAGGUUUGGACAAAUAGAAGCGACCGGCCCACAGAACGAUAACGAUCGUAUCGAUAACGAUAAUGCCGGGCAAAGUCCUGCGGCCCAGGCGCGUGCGACCUUCUUCAACUGCCUCCUGGACAUGGCUGGGGUGAACCACACAGGAAAUAACCACGCCACCGGAAGCAGGGCGAACAGCCUUGAGCCUCCGGCUGGUCAUACCGCCGAUGUCAAAAGUGACCAUCGCCGAGAGCCCAGAGACGAAGAAGAAGGGGCUCUCGGAGUCCUAGCAGCCGCUGAGCAAAGACGCCAACGUAGCAUCAGGAACAAAAAGGUGAACUGGAUGGUGUCCCACCAGUACGAUAAACUAGGGAGCAGCGGAGAGAGUAGCCAGGGAGGGGGUGGGUCAGGGGUUAUUGUAGUUAACGGCGAGGAACGCGCCCCUGAGCUAGAGCCAUUGCUAGCAGAGCCCUCCCAGGACCACCACCAUCACCACCAAUACUACGAUACCGACCAUCAAUACCACCAUCACCAUCACCAUCACCAUCACCGACCACCCUCGUACUACCAACACCAGAACACCUACGCACCUCGCUCCUCAAUCCGUUACCUCAAGAUGGAGCUGCAAGACGUCGUAGUUAGCGAUUCGAGGGCCGGAAGUACGGAGAGCCUCACACAUCCCGCAGAGAGGCUGCAUCCUCAUCAUCAGGUCGCGCAUCCACCUAGACAUCACUCGCGAUCACCCAGCUUGAGAAGGCAUUCUCCGGUCACGCACAGAUCACCGUCUCCUAGAAGACACAGAUACGACCAUCACGGACAUUACAAUCACGAGGGGCCAGGCUUCAGCGACACGGUCAGCAACGUCGUGGAGAUCCAAAGGCACACCCAUCAUCCCCAUGCAUCGCAGUACAAUCAUCGACACAGGAUAAGAGAUCCUUCGUUAGGGCCGUGGAGCACGUCGACGAGUCCGGCGAGGUCGCCGAGUCCGGUGCACAGGAUGGACCAUCAGGGGCGGCACCACUACGGAACGACGAGCCUGGAGCAGCGCUCGCGGAGUCCGAGUCCAGUGGGGGGCCGGCAGUCGGCGCAUCCGCACCACCCGCACCACCCGCACCAGCACAGCUACCCGGUCCUGGUGACGAGGAGGGGACACGGGCGCAGGCUACCCCCCACGCCCAACAAGCCGUCGACGCUGCAGCUGAAGCCGACCAACAUCAACUUCCCGAAGCUGAACGCCUCGCCGACACACGGGCCGCACGUUGGGGGGGCACCGGGGGCGCCCGGGGCGCCGCAGAACGUGCUCAGCUUCGAGCAAGCCGUGGCGAUAGGCAGGGGGGGCCGCCUGCUGCCCAGUCCUGUGCCGAACGGCUACAAGCCGCAGCCGGCGAAGCCCCAACCGGCGCAGCCCCAGGCGGCGCAGCCCAAGCAGCGGGCGCCCAGGUCCAGGCACUCGGACAGCGACGAGGACGACUGGUGCUAGCCAAAGUGGGACCCUGGACGGUGGUCUGGUGAAGUGGACGCCUCGAGGGGCCUCUCGGUCUGCGCGUGAUCCCACCGGCCCCCGGGCCCCGGGAUCAGUCCGAAGAGGCGCGUCGAUCGCGACGACCGGAAGGGGUCACCGAACGCACGAGGAGCCGGCCUCGACCCGGGACUUUGGCGGCCGCCGGGGGCCCCCGACCCCAGGACCUCCCGAGGGGCCCUCGGCGCCCCCGCUCUCUUGCUCAGGGGUCCUGCGAGCGGGAGGGGAUCCGACUUUUUCUACCACUAUUUCCAUUGACUGUCGCGACACUUGUCCGGCGCGCGUCCGCGGUCCGCGCCCCGCGUCCUGGGAGUCCGGCGAGCCGAGGACGCCACCGAGAGGAGGACUCCCCGAACACCCUGGAUACGGUCAUGGAUGGUCCUGCGAGCCGGGGGAAGAACGACUCUCGCGGGGAAGGGAUCCAUGACUGAAGGACGAAGGACCCCGAAGAAGAAAUCCCGUGCAAAUGGACAUCGCCGUGGAGUCGUUCGCCCUCGCCCGAUCUACUUCGUCGAGGUCGUCCGAGUCCCUGCGCAGCGAACGGAGACUCCGCGGAUGAUCCAGCGUCUUUUGCGGGAGCCACGUCCAGGAUGUCUGGCGGGGUCGGGACGACGCCCAGGAGAGGAGCUUCGCGCGCUGCAACGAGUACCGCGAGUUAUUGUCGUUACUACCGCUGCUAAACUACCGUUGCUGCUACUGUUACUACUAUCACUACUAUUGCCGUUACCACUACUACCAGUACGCUAUAACCGAACCGCUGCUGCUACUAAUCUUCACUACCACUACCGUCGGCCCGACAAGGCUAGGAUCGCGAAACCACCGACUACCGACGCCGGUUACACGCGCCGCGUGCCGCGCAUUCCGCGAAUUCCGAUAGAAAAUUCCGCGAAUUCCACGAAACUGUACAGACGGGGCGACUUAUCACAGGAGUGCGUGCGACACGCGCCGCGUUAUCGCGCGCAAACCCGAGAUCCAUUACCACGUAACAUACUGCCAAUCGUACGGGGCGUUUCAGGGGAUACGAGUAGACAGAGAAACAAUGUGGAGUCUCGCGUAUACGCGUAUACAUACCUACGCCUAGGUAGAUGUAUAUACGUUAAGUGGAGAAAAGUUAGUUUUCAAUACUUCGUGCUUGCGUGAGGCAGAUACGUGUGACCUGCGGAUUAUAAUUACCGUAUAAGAACAGUAGUGGUCGGAAACGGGCGAAAUCCAAGAUGGCGGCGAUUCGCCGCCCCGGGGGUCCCCGGCGACGCUCGGGUCAUCCCGAAACGUUUAAUCGACUCCACUUUUCGAUUCGUCCCGGAUUAUUCGAGUAGGCCAUCGGUUCUCCCUGGGAACCCCCGCAUCCUCGGGGACCCCACGCGAUCUCGCCACGUUUCAUCAGGAUUGCGUGGUUUCUUCCCUUAAGUGCUUUACAAACUCAAUCGUAUUUCAUACGUCGCGUAACGUCGCUAUAUAAUGAAAAAGAAAAAGGUAAAUUUAAAACGAAGAAAAGUGCGUAACGUACCGCGUGUAAGGUAUAUCUCGUUCGUAUUCCUUGAUGGGAGGUGGAAGGGAGGCCGAAGGAGAAAGUGAGGGGUAUGAGAGCGAGAAAAUGGACGCAGAGGGGGGAUGAGAGAGAGAGCGAAAGGGUGUGUGUGCGCGCGGGCGCGUGUACGUGCGUAUGUGUGAUAAGGCGAGCCGCGAGGGGGCGAUAGCGAGCGGGGUAAUGUUAAAUAUUAUUAAAAUAUUUUUCUGUGAUAAAUCCGAAAAUCUUAGUAACUUGGCAGACUGUCCUGUCGCGGAUUGGUCCCCUGCCGCAGCGAACAUGCGGCACUUUUCAGCCCCCGAAGUGUCCCCGGGGAUGUCGAGUUACAAAGUCGAGGGAGAUCUGGCGAGAGCGAGAGAGACGGCUAGCUCACGGGGGCGGGAGAGAGAGGGAGAGAGAGAGGGAGAGAGAGACAGAGAGCGAGAGAAAGAGAGCGAGAGAGAGAGAAAGAGAGAGAGAGAGGGAAAGAGAGCCAGCCUCCGACGAGGAGAAGGAGAGGACUCAAACUAAUCUUAACUUAGACUUACGCAAGCAGAUGACCAAGAUCUUAACGAUGAACUAACGUUAAAGAAACCACUAAAGCUAAUCUAAAGUUAAAGGACGCGAGGUCCCGUGGAAGGGCGGGGACCCUCGUCCUCGCGUCCAUCGGAACAAACGACAAAACAAAAGACUCUCCCUAGAUAAUCGCGAUCAUGAUUAUUAAUUAUCUAUAUUACUACCGUUAAUACCGAUUAUUGUUAUCAUUGCCGUUAUAUCAUUACUAACGUUAUAGGUUGACCUUCUUUCGUCACUACGGUCAUUAUUACGUUUAUUACCGUAAUUAUAAUUAACGUUAAGCCGGGCGAAAACGACGCCGAGGCGAGGCGAGGGUCCGACCACGUGGACCCUAACGUCAAAACUCGACGCUUGGCCAGCGACCGGAUACCGAUGGGUCAACCGUGUCGGGGCCGUUUCUAUACCGUACUAUUAACAGGCGUAGCAUGUCGCAACUUUUCUUAUACGACGGAGACCGAUUCGUCCUCGCUACGGUGCAGCGGCGAAGGUCGCUCCCGAGUGCCACGAAGACGCGCCCCGGAGACCUCCUCAUAAGGGAGGAGACGCGCGGCCCUUCCUUCCGGUUUGUCUCGCAGGAUGAGAUUUCCCCUUCCGGAUGUGGAUAUAUUUUCUCCCUUAUACGGCCCGGCGCCGCCUGUUACGACUGUUGCCAUUGUGAAGCAAUUUUACGUCGCGUUAAGGUAUAGUGAGAUGACGUUGCGCGGGUCCAGCGACGAGGUCGCUGAGGAGAGGAGGGGCCGCGACCUCCGCCACUCUGGCACUCGGGACCGACGGCCGGAUUAUUAUGAAUAACUGAAUUAUAUUAAUAAAAUGAGAGAGAAACUGCUCCCGUGGACUUUUUUGCGUCUCUUUUCGCCGCCUCGGGGAGGGUCCUUGAGAGAAGCUCUUCUCGGGCGACGCCACUCGUAGGGUCUCCAGGCCGACCCGAUGAACGGGACCCUCGGAGGUGCUCCUUGUCCCUCUUGCUCUCGGAAGAGAGACUGUCCGAGAUUUAACCGAAGACGAAGAGAGACAGGGAUUCGAAAUAUACCUGCGUGCACGCGUUUUCGCGGAUCCCCGGGACGGAACGCCAUUCCGGGUUUUCUGACUUCGCGGUUCAACGUUCGACUCGGACAUCGACUUUUAGGGGAACCAUGAACUCGGACGUUGGCUUUGGGGUUGAACGAUGAACUCGAUAGUCGGUUUCGAGAUUUAACGUUGAACUUCAUCGACGGAUUCGGAAAUGAACGUUGAAUUCUAUCGCCGAUUUCGGGAUUAAACGUUGAACCCGAUCGCUAACUCUCGGGUUGACGAUGAACUCGAUCGCCCGAUUCGGUGUUGAACGUUGAACUUCCGAAUUGAACGGUCAAUUUGGUCUGAUUCUCGAUUCUUCAUCGGCCGUUCGGAAUUCCGCGGAACCGGGAAACGAGCAUCCGUGCAACGCAUUGCCGAUUGGAUAACGAUCGAUCGAAUUACUGACUAAUACUUACGUACCGAUUUCAUUACUUGCAUUUAAUAAAAAGAUGACACGUAAAUAUUUACGAUUAAGGAUUUUUCUACUUAUCUAUCUGUCUCGGUGUGUACGCACGUACGGCAGAGUGUGUACCUACGUAUGCACGGAGACACGCGUAGACGGAUGUAUAUUCACAGUUUUGCGUGGGUACGUAACCAAAUAUAACGAUACACGCCCAUAAGUAUACACACUCUCUCAGAUAAACGUAGCACGUGCGCGUUAUGGAAAGAUUUAAAGAAAUAACAUGAACGAAGUUGUAUUACAGUAAUUAUAAAAAUUAGUGUCCUGUCGAUAAUAAUGUCUCGUCACCGAUCUCUGGGGCUCCGAGGCUCGGUAGGAUUUCAUACUUUUACAAAUAAUUCGCGAAAGUAGCGAUACUUCUCGAGCUCUUAAUCAUUGUACCGAUCACUCGCGAGUCAUUGAUUCCGAUAUCUGCGAUUACACGUCGAUCGGGUUAUCCGGGUUCGAGUUAGAUCGAUUUGUCGUUCGGCCGACAAUACUCGAUUUCUUUCGUUCGUUAUUUUCUUCCGAGCGUUAUCCCACUCUGUGACGUUUCCAUAAGUGUUGAACAUUUCCUGAAUUUAUGUCCGAUUUGCCGAGAUAAUAUGCGAGGUAUAGCCAGGAAAUUUCUAGCGGUUCCUCUGUGUUUGGAAUGUAGAGUCGAUUUUUUAUUCUUAUGUGUCGACCGAAUUUUGGGGAUUCUCGAUCGAACGACGAAAUCGCGCGGUUUUCCUAAAAUGCACUGUAAAGAAUUCGCAAAGUCGACUUUAAAUUCGCUCCCAUUUGGUGGAGGGUCUAAUAUCCUUUUACGUAACCGCAAGGAAGUAAAACUUUUUGGAUGUAAUAUAACUUGGAAGGGGUUUCGAUAUUUAACGUCGAUCGAAGUAGUCCGCAAUCGAGUCGCGCGUUGAUUUCCGAGGUAGGCCAUUUUUCUUACAAUGCAGAGCUGCGCAGCAGCGCUCGCUUAUCGCGUCAAUUUUGAUUAAUUCGUACUCACCGGGAGAAUUUAUCACUGCGAAUGCGAGGGAGAGAAUGCCACAAAUAUGUAUCCUAUACGAAGAAUCAUUAUACAUUCGUAACAAGAGUUGCCUUAAUAUCUAACGUUCAUUGAUCACGGUUCGCACUGAGAUGAAUGUGAAAGAGACCCGCUCAUUUUCAUUUCCUCCGAUGGCGAAAUUCUUUAUACGUUUCCCUGUAACGAUCGACUACGUCGCUCUCGAAUACUAACCGGACGAUUACUUCAUCGAGGAAUUAUCCACGACACAUUUUUCCGACCGAUUCGCGGUACGUCGUUAAGUGCGCGUGGUAUCGGCAAAACCGUCUCCGAGUAAUUUUUGCAAAAGCGAGGACGCAAAAAUUUGGCUUUCGAAAAAGAAUCCCGUGCACAUUGCGCGCGAGUCACCGCUCAAAUGUACACGAAUAUUUACGAGUAUGUAGCAGGUAAUUCGUGUUUGACAAUUGUCGAGUUAUAUACCGCGGGUGCAGGAUUACCUCCUCAGGUGGAAGACAAAAUUCUACGAGUAAUAUAUAAGGAGCAUGUAAUUUAAUACCUGGAUUGGGUAUAUACCAUUUGUACAUAGCUGGUUUAUAAAUAUGUAUUAGAUUUUGUAUACACUGCGUUCGAGAAUAGCUUUUGUGAAACUUGUACAUUUCCUAUGUAAUUUGAGCCGCCCUUGAGAUAAGAGUAAAAAUUAGUCUCGCAGGGCGCAGAUAUUUUAAAUACGUUUUAAUGGUAUAAAGUAUUCAGUAACCAUUGCCGUUUUAUCGAGGAACUCUAGUAGUUAUACAAGAAAUGUAAACGCAAACCUGUAAAAAGCUAGAAGAGACGUUUCCUCGCCAUCCUCGUGACUUCUUCGAAUAAAUAUUUCCACCUUCUUCUCGCGAACUUCCUAGAACGUAAAGUAAUAUUACCUACUCGAAACGUAUUCAAAAUGGCGGACGAACGUUUCUGCGAGAGAGUCCUAUCGGCCCCAAAGAAAUAUCUCGCAGCUAGAUCUACAUUCCACCUCUCCAACCGAAGCAAGCUACCUUCAAAUUUGUUACUGUUGCAAAAAUAUACAUAUAAAACAAUUAA